ACAAGUGCUCAUAAGGUGAAAUCGAGGUUCAGUGUUGUCAACUCGAGGCGUAUAACCUCAAAUAUUUUCUUUGCAAUUCACAGUGGAAAACCCGUAUGAUUAAGGCGAGAGAUGGAAAACCAGAAGGACACAGUUAGAAUAAAGGAAGAACCGUACGAUAAUUGGCCAGAUGUAGACCACGAUUGUAAUUUCGAUUCGACGGAAUUCGGCGAAGUACAAAACGUUGAAACAUUAAACACAAAUAACAUAAAUGAGGUUAUGGCGUCACAGGAAAAUUUAGAUGAAAAAAUAUUCCCGUAUUUUGAGUGCAAAGAUGUUAAACUUGAACUGCCGUCUCUAUCGACAAUCAUCUGCAAAUCUGAGGACCAAAGUUAUUUACCUAUUUUGAAAAAAGAAAAACAAAUACGUACUAAUUACUUGAAAGAUAAGGAACUGAUAAUUUUGAUAAAAAAAGAAUUCGAUUAUUAUAAUAAGUGUCAAUUUCAAGUACAUGAGUUCAAAAAGUGUCCAAAAACUUAUAAAGAAAAAGCGAGUCUAAAAAGACACAUCAAUACGAUACAUAAAAACAUUGGACCGUAUGAAUCUGAUCUUGGCCACGAGACAUUUGCACACAAACGUAGCCUUGAAGCUAACAUAAAAAUUAUACAUAAUCCUAGAAAACCCUUCGAGUGUAACAUUUGUCAUACAUCAUUUGGACAAAAAUGGCUCCGCAACCGUCACGUGAAUAUAGUACAUAAUCGUAUAAGUCCUUUUCAGUGUGAAAUUUGCCAUAAAUCAUUCGGACGAAAAGAUCAUCUCAAAGUUCAUAUAAAUGCAGUACAUGAUCGUACUAAACCUUACGAGUGUGAUAUUUGUCAGAAAUCAUUUGGAUAUAGCAAUGACCUCAAGAAACACAUAAAUGUAGUACAUAAUCGUAGCAAACCUUUUGAAUGUGACAUUUGUCAUAAAUCAUUUGGACAAAAAAGUCACCUUGAAAGACACGUAAAUACAGUUCACAAUCGAAAAAACCUUUCAAAUGUGACAUUUGUCACAAAUAAUUUGGAUUCAAUAGUCAUCUCAAAAUUCACCUAGUCCAAAUACAUAAUUAUGGAAAAUGAUCCGAAUGUGAGAUGUGUCAUAAACGAUUUGGAUACAAAGAUAACUUCAAGAAACACUAAAUUUUUUUCACCAACUAGUACGUUGGUGACCCUAGGACCCCUAGGAAACCCUAGGAGGCUGACAUUUGUCUGGAGACGUGUAAACGCAAUGAAGACUUCUGUAACUAAAUUAAUACGCUACGUGAUUGUCGAAAAUUUUUCCAUAUGCU